AUACAAUAGAGAGCUGAGUGCGAUAAUCUGGCAACGGUAAGGAGGAGGAGGACCAGAGAGUAAACAAACAUGUGGAGAGAGGCGAUGACCUGACCUCGGCGAUGACCUCUUCAGACCAGCAGCCUCCACCCGAUGAGGAGGGUGUGGAGGUGCUGGAGGCAGAUCAUGUGUACAUCCUCAUGAGGAGAGAGUAUCGCAUCUCCCGCAAUGUGCGAGCAGAAUGGUACCUGCGGAGGAUCAACUCCAUCAUCACCUUCCCCAGGAGAGAGAAGCUGAGUGACAAUGAGGAGGAGCUGGAGGUGGUGUCCGUUCUCCCGAUGGACGUUCCGCCGGAGUGGGACUCGGACACGUCGCACCUCUACCACUACCGGGUGACGCAGCGCACGACCCUCCACUUCCUGGCCCGCAAGUACCGCCUCGUCUUCUGCCUUGACCUCUCGCCCUCGACCUCGGUUGUGGACGUGACAAAGAGCAGCACCGUCCUCGAUGAAGUGUUCACCACCCUCCGGCAGUGUCUCAAGGGCAUUGUGCGGCCGUUCUAUAUCCCUGGGAGUCUGCUGCUGUUCCGCCCGGAGAUCUACCUCACCAUCAUCGCCCACACGCCCUUCUUCAAGAGUCAGAGUCAGCAGGUGUUGGUCCAGGGCUGGCUACUGAUGGAACGCAACCUGGACCACUUCCUCAACAGCAUACAGGCCAGUCUGAUCCAGCUGGAGGCUCAACUGGCACAGGCCACAGCACAGACGUAUGGACAGAUGGUGGAGGACAACUUUCUGCAGGCCCUGUCCUUGGCCCUGCCCAACCCCAUGGUGUCUCCAGACAUAGGCUUUGUGGACAUGCUGAGAUAUGGCAUCGUGGCCCUACAGCUCUUGCCGGAAAACAGCAGUGCAGGCAUCGUCAUCAUAACAGACGGAGUGAUCGGGUUGCCGGACGCCACCGUGUUUGACUCCCUCUUGGUGCAGCUGAGGAACCAGACCAUCGCGUGCAGCUUCCUUCAGCUCGGGUCUGUGUACCAGCCCCAGCGCUCCUUUGGAUACAUCCCCUUCACUGACCUCAUGAAUUUCCUUGCCACGGCCACAUGUGGAGCCUACAUGCCCUCCCUCCCCUCUGUGGGCAAUGACUACGAGUAUGACAUGAAUGAUUACCACAAGUCCCUGCUGGCAUGGGGCUUCCAGAAGUUCACCCACGACCUCUGCUCCUCCGAUGGGGACCACGAUCAUGACGAGAACGAGUGCCUGAGUGUACUGCCGCUUGCCCCUGAGGUGACGGAGCUCAUACGGAAGAAGGAACGCGAGACUCAGCUCAACACAUCACUCAAUGCCAUUCUGUCCUGCCGUUUGAGGGAAGGGUAUGCCAUCAAGCAGGUCGCCAUCGCUGCCGACCAGAUCCAGCUGGUCCUGGUGCUGCCGUGGAAGUACUCCAUCUUCAUCGAGUACCACAUACGCUCCCCCUGGCCGCCCACCCAGCACUUCGUCUACACGGAAGUCUGGAUUGAAGCUACGUAUGAAUUCCUGAAUGACGUAACCAGUGAUCCGCACCGCCAGUUCCGCUCCAAGUACCGUCAGAGCAUGGUGAACAAGUACCUCCACACCCUACAGCACCUUAGAGAUACAGACACUCUCCUGGUGGGGCUGCAGUCCUUCUCCGCCAGUCCCACUUACUACACGCUUCCGGACUGCAUCAAGAGUGGCCAUCCGGUCUUCUAUCGUAAUCCAGGUCACCCGCACUCGAUACAUGAUGCUAAUAGUGAGCAGUUCCCGCAGUUCACCAACUUCUGGCGGCCGGUGUGCAUGCUGGACACCAACAUCUGGCAGAAGUGGAUGCACACCCACCGCAUCGGAGUCAUCCUCGAGCACGACCACCCGCUGCCCAAAAACCUGCACAUCACCAGCACCAGCGGCAGGUAUGGGUUCGUGCAUUGCCGCCAGGCUGAGUCGGCCCUCACCACCCAGCUGGCUGAUUGGUGCGACUUUGUGCUCAUCGAGAAUGACUCCUACAUCAAGUUCCUCUACAGGGAAGAGGAGCAGGACAAGCAGGCUCCCAUAUCCUUCUUUGUGGUCCGGAUCACGUCCAAGCCGCCGCCCUGCCUGGUGAUCCGCCUGGCCUUCCUUGGGGGCACGCCAGGACACAUCAGGAACCAGAUGGUGAGGAUCAUCAAGAGGAAGAUCCAGGAGCUGGCCUUCCCUCAGCGCGGAGCCAUCACUGAGCGCAGCAAAUCACUGCCGCCCGCUGGCAACCAAACAGAGGACAAGCUGAGCGAGGACAUGACCAUCUCAGCCUCCAGCGACUUGCAGCCCACGGGGGUACGGCGCGGCCUGUCACGCAUGGCCUCCAACGUGCCCUGCUGCGUCAUCACCCACAAGCCCGUCGAGAAGAUCCUCAUAUGGUACGACAAAAUCCCCACCAACCUCCUGAGUCCCCUGGCGCUUGAGACUCCCCCGGGCGUGACUGCGACAGGGCGGAGCGGCUAUACCAAGAUGGCCCCCACCAAGUCUGCCACCCACAACAUGGCGCUGCUCUCCCGGUACCUGCACCACCGACGAUGGAUAUGGGCCGUGCAGCCUCCCAAUGCACCAGCCGUCUCCCUCACAGCUGUCUCACGCAUCCUCAACACACUUACCAGAAUGCGGCUUCAGGAGGGCUUCAACUUCGCCCACUCCUGCAAUGGAAUUAUCACCAUGGUGCGGGAGUUUGCCAUGAAGCUGGACUUGUGUGAGGAUGAAGGGAAGGAUCUGCUGGAGGGGGGACUUGCCACCUUUCCCUGUGUGGCCCAGUACGUCCUCUUCCCCCCACACAUCACCAACAGCAGCAGGGACAGCGUGGUGGAGGAUGACUGGGAGGAAGGGGACAGCGUGGAGGCCGACGGAGUGAUGGAGAUUGUGACGGAGUGCUGGGUGGAGCCGCAGAACGGGGUGGUGGUGUCCCCCUCACCCCGCGCUAACCACCUCAACAACUGCAGCUACAGACAGCUAGCGCAGGCGUUUUACCCAGUGGACCAAAAAUGUAUCUGGAGCAUGAUGACCGUCGAACACCUGCUGCAGAUGUGUCAUGGAGGAGGAGGAGGAGGAGGAGGAGGAGGAAUUGGCCAUGGCGGGGUUGGCGGAGGAGGCCCAGAGCCGCCCCACCCAGAGCCGCCACCUGCCCUGGAUGAGGCGGCUGCAGACCCCUCACAGCGCAUCCAGCAGGUUCCCUUUUCCCUCGACCUGAUCCACCUCCUUCCGAUGUGCCAGCAAGCGGAACUUCUCGUCUCGACCUUCGUUCAGGACCUCAUGAGCAGCCUGGUGAAGCGCGUCACCUUCCACUGCGACAACACGGUGGACGAGGCCAACCAGACGCUGUACAACCUCCUGCUGAUGCACCUCAAGCAGCUCCACCACGGCUGCGAGUACACGCUGAGCACCGCUGACCUGCUGGCCCUCCCGGGGGUGCUGCAGGAGAGGCCGCGCCCCCCAGAGUCUCCCGUGUCGCCCUUCUCUAACACGAAUAUUGGGAAGACAGACGACCCUCCCAAGUGGCGAUGCUUCCUCAAGGGCGUGUCGUCCAACCACCUGCUCUUCACCCUGCUGCCGGCCUCCUACCACGACCUCAAACUCCUGCUGGUGAAGCGCGCCAACAUCACCGACAGCGAGAACCUGGCCCUCAAGCUUGUGCCGGGAGGGGGCGAUCUACAGGACAUUGACACAGAGACCAACACUACUGAUCAGCCUGCCGGGGGACCGCUAUCAGAGCAACACAUCUCAUUUGAGAGCAGCACGUCCUCCCUCACACAUAUGACCUCCCCCAGCCUCCCCCCCACCACCCCCACCAGCAUCCAGCCUGCCCCCACAGAGGACCAUACCCCCGCCAGGAUGCGCUACAAGUCUGGGCCGGCACCCCAUACAGGCUCCCAGGUGGUUCCGACGGUGUAUGCAGACUCACAUGUGCGGGAGAGGGCGAGCUCCUUCCAUGUGAGCCAGGAACGCUGCAACUUCUUUGGCCAGGGAGCGAGUGCAGCGGAGAGGAACAGGACCGGCUCGGUGGACUCCCCCACCAAGGAGCCCCAGGCCGUGCUUCCCAAGACCACCUCACCCAACGAACACAUCCGCAAGAGGUACAUCUCCAUGCCCUCCAAGUCCUUUGGCGGGGUGUUCACGGCUGCCUCCAAGAGCAUGUCCAGCGAGGGCUUGAGGAGUGAGGAAGGCUGCGUGCCCCUGCAAGUCCAGCCUCCCGCAGAGCCCACUGAGGGGCCCGCAGAGCACCGGAUAUCCAGCUUGGACGACAGCUCCAGCGCCGGGCCACCAGCCUCACACCGGCCUCUGCUGGGCACCGUCACGCUGCCCAUCUACUCCUACGACUGCAAGCUGAGCAGCGUCACCACACAGCUCAUCAACAGUGAGGACCGCGACGCCGUGGUGGGGAAGGACUUGUACCUUGACUCCACAUCAAAACUGGAUCUGCAGGAGGACACCGUACCCCUUAAAGGGGGCUCAGGUCCCUCUGCCACCCCCUCCCCCUCUCCCUCGGCCUCUACCAGUCAGGAGAACGGGAAGCAGGGGAAUGGAGAACCACGCUCGGAGGAGUCUGACGCAGGGGACGGCAGCUGUCUGUUCAACCACAUGAAGGCGCUGGAGGUGGCGUACCUGCGCAGCUUUGUGUUGGCGGUGUUCCAGGGUCUGCAGAAGGAGCUGGACGUGCACCAGAAUGACAUACAGGCGGCGCUGGACCACUGCAACGAGGCCGUCAUGGAGAUUGAGAUAACCAACUUCCUCCAGGCCAUCUGUGGACACCUGCGGGACUUCCGGUUGCGCCUGGACCUGGAACACCUGCGUCAGAGGCAGCCCAACCCAACGUCCCAGUCCACGCCUCUUGCCAAGUUCCAGAAAGCAAAAACUGAAGGCACGGACACACCACCUGCAGCUAACAACACCAGUACCUGCACCACCACCAACACCACCACCUGUACUUCCACCACCAGCACCACCACCACUAGUACCUCCACCACCAACACCACCAGCAGUAGCAAGUUCCCUCUCUCCCUUCUGAAGCGCCACCACCCUUGCCGUGACCUCCAGCAGCUACACACCAGCAUCCGAGAACGCUUCAACGCCAUCCUACUUGGGUCCUUCCAGAUUGUGCCAGCCUUCCCUGAGUUCUAUUACUUCUGUCCGCGCAGCCUCCACCACUCCAGCGAGGGGACGCCAGUGGAGGAUUUCGUCUAUGUGUCAUCGCGCGAAUUGGAGCUCUUGGAGAAGAACCAGAUUGACCCCGCCAGACUGCACAAGCCCAGGAGGGUGUCGGUGGGCAAGAAGUCAGAUGUUUUUACGGAAGGGGAAGAGGAUCUGGACGAUGAAACUACGGUGAACGGGGGAGAGGAGGAGGAGGAGGAGGACGAAGGGGAGGACGACGACCCAGACAGAAGCAUUGAAUUCCGCUCCGAGAUUGGCAGCACAGUGUUCCAGCGUCUGCACAGUCAGCUGACGGUCCCGGAGUUGGACGAGGAUAAGACGUCGGUGAUAUCUGAGCAGGACGAGGACAUGAGCUCCCUCCCGGACACUGUGCCGCCGCUCUUUCUCCACCUGACGUGCACCAUUCGUAUUGGCGGUCACGUUCACGCCACCAUCUCCCUCAAAAACCUACCCACAUGUCUUGAUGAAGUGGUGCACACCCUCACCUACCCGGAGCUGGACUUGGCCACCGUCAGAAUCACCCUGGAUGUCCUCUGCAUGACGCUCCUCCCUGCACUGGCGGCCUCGACGACGAAGAUGGUGGCGGAGGUGAAGGACUCAGCGGUGGACCUGAGUCGCUCCUUCCGUACCAUUAGCAUGUGCUCCACCGCCUCCCCACCACAGCUGAAGCGUGGCAGGUCCAUCUCCGAGUCAACCUGCGCCUCCCUCUCGGACAUUGAUGAAUCCUUCUUGGAGGACGAGGACCAGUUGAUUCACCUCCCUGAUUUCCAGCACCAGGCCAUUCUGACCACUGUGGAUGAGAUCAAGUGGCUCCUGCGUGAUGAGAUCGCCUCGGCCAUGCUGCACACGUGUCACCUGAAGGAGGCCAACCUGGAGAUGGUGGUGGCGCACGUCGAGAGCUCCCGCAACGCCCCAAACUGUAUCCUGGAGUCCAUUCCGUUGAACUUUGUGUGCGGCAUGGAGCAAAGCAAGGAGAGGUUCAUGCAGGAGUUUGGGCGGCUGAGCGUCACGGGGCACCACCUGCGGCAGGAGGGGGCGCUGUACUACCUGGUGCAGGAAAAGUCACAGAUCAGGCGGCGACACUUCUCCUCUGUCGUGCCGCCCCUCACCUUCCACAGCCAGUCCAUCAACUUCCGCCCACACCCCCAUGCCGAUGACUCUGCUCAGCUGCGCCAAAUGGAUACAAGUUGUCAGGAGGCCAAGGUCAGCCUCUCCUCCCCCGACACCAUCCGCUGCCCGGCCUCAAGGUUCCAGGCUGGGCGAGUAUCCUUCGACACUGAACGAAGAGCAUCUGAGAAUCUUGGAGACAUGGAGGGUGGAGUGACGCAAAAAGGAGAGGGGCCAGAGAAGGAGAAGUGGAUGAGGCGGCGGGAGAGGAAGGAGAGGAGAGACUCUGAGCGCCGGGGGUCCAUCAACACCUCGGACUCAGACUCAGACAUUCAGCUCCUGCGAGGACCCUUCUCCCGGGAGUCCUCCCACCAGCCCCACGACCCCCGCCAGCGCUACUCCGAGUCCCCGAAGAAGAGCUCCAGCCUGGCCGCCGCUAAACGAGCCUCCAAGGAACAGAUGCUCGGGGAAACCAAGGACAAGGAGGACAAGAACGGCAAGAAGGAGGACAACGAGGAAAAUAAAGACGAGGAUGAAAGUAACAACACAACCCCAAGACGUCAACUUCUGGCACCAUCACGGCAGCUUCAGGAGUCGCAGAAAGGGAGCUCAGACCACAGCCAGAAUUCAGAGCCACAUGAGACCUCCACCAAGGACCAGGAGACGGGGGAGGAGACGCAGCAACAGGUGGCGGACUCUGAGGAUCUAUGCGGAACCAGCCCAGCCCAGAAUGAAAAGGUGAAGGAGAAUGCCAAUAAGGGAGCUAAGAAUGGGGAAAAAGGAGAUCUUCACCCCACCAACGGAGACUCACAUGCAUCACCGAGGCUCAUAGAGGGUGGGAGCGUGACCGAAGGGAGGGUGGAAGGGGAGGAAGUUGUCCGUGGUGAAGGUACCACCCCCACUGAUGCAAGAGUGCCCAAGGACCCGUCACACCGCCUCUCCCUGCCUCUCAAUGAACUAAUAAGGUGUGGGUCCGAGAGCCUUCCCCGGCCACAGGCGUCGGCCGAGGUCAUACGGAAGUCGGCCAGCACUGACAGCUUUGUACCGAGUGUGACUGAGGCUGCCGUGGACACCCUGCGCACCCCUCCCACUGCCACCCUUACGGCCAGCACCAGUGGAGGGCUGUGGGCAGAGUUCAUGAAGAGCCGACACAACUCGUCUGACGUUCUCAAGAGCCGUAACAGUUCCGGCACCAGCACCGACCUCCUAAAGAGCCGACACAACUCAGGUACAGGUGGCGACCUUUUAAAGAGUCGGCACAACUCAGGCACAGGGUCAGUGCUGGGCGGACCUUACUCAGACGUGUCCAGCCUCUUGGAGUCCGGCCAGACCACGGAGGACGGCUGCGAGGGGGACAUCAGCGACUCGGACAACGACUGCUCAGAUUGGCUGCAGGACUUUGAGCUGGUGGAGCCAUUCCUGCCGGAGUUUUGGCUCAUUCUUCGGGUGUCCGUUGAGCGUGUGGACACCUUCUUCCACUGCAGGACGGAGGCAGAGCUGGGGCGAUGGCGUAACGUUCAGGCGGAUGUGGUGCGCAACGUGAGGGCGCUGGUGAAGCUCGUGAACCAGACACUGCUGCUGCAAGACCUCCACAACACCCGCAUGUGUAACCCUCUGCUGGAGCCGGAGACCUCGGAGGAGAUAUGGCUGAAGGAGGACACCAAGAGCAGGAGUGUUUAUGACAGUGAGCCAGAGUACCGAGCCAUCCUUGAGGCCUCCUUCAAAUUCAAGCCUGGAGCAUUUGCAUGUCGGGCGGUGUGGGAGACCAAGUUCGAGCUGCACCACAAGGUCUGCACGGGCAAGGUGGGCAGCAAAGGGAUUCUCGCCCUGCGCACCAUUCUCAACCCCUUCUCUGUCAACAACCGCAAGAAUAUGUUUGUGUACGAGGACAAAUCCGGCAACGGCUCCCACGUGUUCUAUGUCAGACUGAAAGAGCAGCAGUCCAGUUCCGUAUCGCCCCAGGUGGAUGGACGCAGCAGGGAGGAAGCUGGAUUGCCCCACAGUGCCUCCGUCUCCUCUCUGGUGAAGCGCAGCAGCCGAGAGGAUGACCCGCAGGUGGCGAAGACCGAGCUUCGGCCGCGGGUCAGCUCGUUCGGGGAGAAGGACGUGAUCAUGGAGGGUGUGCCGUCAACCCCCGCCCAGCGCCGCCGCAGCCACUACAUUGUCCUGACUGUCCAUGGCAUUGCUGAGCCUGGCCCGGCCAUCAAGGAGGAGCUGGUACGGAUGCUACAGAACCGGCUUGACGAGGCUGUGGUGGAGGCGAUCUGUCUCAUGCUCUGGAACAACCCGCAGCAGAAGCUCACCCUGGAGGACGUGCACUUCAUCCAGCCUCCCUACCAACCCCCGAAGACCAUCAUCAGGUUCACAGUCAACGCCAGCGCCCUGCCUCACCUCCAAGCUGUGGGUUUUUAUCUGCGGCAGAACAUGCUCUCCUGCGGCUUUAUCCAUCCCAAGUACGCCGACUCCUGCCCUGAACACCACUUCCAGGACUUCUCAGCCACCGACCAGGACCUGAGCAGCGAGCCGAACAUCUUCCUCUUCGUACGUCCCCGUAAGUCCGCCGCCAAGGGUAUCGCCUGCAUAGCUCUCUCCCUGGUGGACGGCAGCGGCUACCCCAUCCAGCACAUGAGCUGUGCCCGACCCGCCCAGAUGGCCUACCAGCAAAUAUUCUCCCGCCAGGACUUUGAUGCCCUCACCCACAUCCAAGAGUAUCAGCCAAGCCCCACCAAGAGUCCAGGCCCCAUGGCGAUGCUGCAGUUCAAGGUGUGGGAGAGUGGGCGUGUGGACCUGGCGGAGGUGAAGCGUUACCUUGUGGACUCCAUGCGCCACGCCCUCUGGGACAUCAACAUGGAGUACUGCCUGCUCACGGCCCCCAUCAUGCCCUCAAUGUCCACCCCCCAGCACCCAACACCCGCCUCCGAGCCCACCACGCCCAAGAAAGAGGUGCGCGGACUGGCUCUGAGGUCAGUGAGUUUGCUGGAGAACAGCGGUAGCAGCAGCGUCUCCCAGCGCUCGGAGGACCGCACACGCUCUGUCUCAGUGUCAGGUGUGCCUCCUCAUGUCUGCCUCCCCCGCAUGGCAAGCAGGCUCGGGAGCAAGCGAAUGGCACGGACCAACGAGAGUCGCGGCGAUGGGCAGCAGGAGCGCUCCCCCUCGCCCCUCACCCUCGUGCAGGCCAGACUCCGCCUCAUGUCUAACUCUGUGCCGGACCUCAAGGUGCGGGGGCGGCGGGCGUCCCUGCACUACCCCUGGGACGGCACGCCCUUGCUGGAGGGCGCCGCUGGCCACCCCAAGCAGGGCCACUCCCCCCUCAAGGUGCGACAUUCAGUGGACCUUGGAGUGGACCGCAGCAAACUCCUGGGGACUGAGGGAACCACAGUGGGUCAGGAGCUGUGGGAGUACCCAGGAAGCUCCUCGUCCAUGCUGCACCCUCUCUACCACACGACCAUGCUUGACUGGCUGGAGUUCGCCUCAGUGCUGGAGGAGCGCGGGGAACACACGCUACGCCGGGAACUGGGGGAGAAGAGCGGGGAGCAUGCCGUCAAGAAGCACAUUGUUAACCUAGGGUCUAAACAUGCUGUUCCAAUCUUCCUGACGGAGCUGCAGAAGUGGCUGUCGCAGAAUGCCACAGACACCUCCACCAAGAUAUUUGAGGAGACAUAUGGUGAGGAGGAGGAAGAGGAGGUGAGGUCAACCCCGGUCUACAAGCUGGUGGAGUCGAGCAAGGUGCCCCAGGUGUUGCGGAGUGACCCGAGUGGCGGCUACACACACACCAACUUCAUCAUCAUAGGACGCAACAACCAGCAGUGGUGGGCGACGCUCUUCGAGGAGAACUUCAACGACUACUACAUCAGCAUGAUCACGUCAAGCAAGAGCAGCCAGCGUUAUCCUCCUCUAGUCGUGUCUCCUCGUGGCCGCUGUCUGAUUGGUGGGGAGAUCACUUACCCGAGGCCAGACAACAGCUCCGUCUCCUCUACUACCGCCCCUCCGCCCUCCUCCUCCACCUCAAUGCCCAUCACCCCCUUCACCACCACGGCAGGAGGCACCGUUUCCUCGUCGCUCUCCUCGGCCAACAUUCCCAUCUCGCCGCCUGUCACUGUGCCUUCCACCCCCACCAGCACCUCCAACAUUGCAAGCUCACUCUGGGCAACUGGUGAAAUGUCCGAUAUUUUGUUCGUCCCACGCCAGAAGUUAAUCCUGGCAACGCUGCGAGGGCUGGAGCUGGUCAUCUACACCUACAACUGGACCAAGGAACAGUGCGACAACCUCCACUCCACCAUGACGCGCCUCACCCACUGGACCACCGCACGCAACCGUCUUCUCUCCACCAUCGUCCUGCAGAAGAUGGGCCUUUACCACAACCAGCCUUUCACCCGCAAGACUCCCGGCAAGAAGGAGGAGGACAACAACCCCUACAUGGGUAACCAGAGCCAUGUGGACAACCUCAUCAAGCUCCAGGCACCAGCACGAGAGAGUUCCGGCACCACCGACCGCACCAGCCGGAGACUGCAGGGUAUGGUGCCAGUGCUGAGCCUGACGGAUGUGAGGGAGAGCCGCCCCCCCAGACCCCCGCACAGCCUUCACCACCCUAACCUCAAGGACCUGGAGCUGCGACACGGUACACAGAUGUCCGAGAUGAGGCGCCUCGUGGUGCAGAAAGAGACCCAGAGGAAGGUGCUGCUGAAGAUGGUGUUGGAGACGCGUGGACACUCCAGCCCCAUGUUCUCGGACAAGAUCCUGUCGCUGUACAAACAGAACGCUCGCAUUGUGCACUUCUGCCUCACGCCACUCCUCUUCCUCCCCAGGUGGCGUUGGCAGGUGGCAGCUACCCGUGACCAUACCCUAGUCAGUCCCAGCUCACCGACGGACAAGACCUAUGGCACUAAGACCCCUGAGCCUCGAUCACGGCACGACUCCGGUAACUCCAUGAAGAGCGGUGUGGGCGGCAUCGGGCCCUCCGGACUAAGGCGUUCAUUCUCCCUCAAGUCCAGCGCAACAGUGGCGGCGAGUCCCAACCAGCAACGACGGCGACACGUGACCGGCGGCGGGGAUGAGAAAUGGCAUGACGCACUCUGCUCCAGCUACCUCAAGGAGUAUAUCCAGUACCUGCAGAGUCUCGGCUUCCUCACCCUCAACAUCACCCAGGCGGCCCAGCAGAGAGGGAGUCGUCUCAGCCGUGGGGAGUCCGAAAGUCGAGGUUACCGGGUGAAAGAGGUUCGGUUCAAUGAGCAGGUGACCAAGGAGCCCACAUACCUGCUCAAGAACGUCCUCGGCGGCACCAUACUGCUGGAGAUCGCCUUCUCGGAACCUUACUUCUCCUGCAAGAUCUAUGUGCUGGAGUCCUGUCGGCUGGAGGGGAAGAAACUCUCCUCGCAGGUUUGUUCUCUCCACAUGAAGAUGGAGGGAGUAGCUGAGGUUAAGCCUGGAGGUCCUCUCUCCUCACCGCUCUCCCCCACAACACCUCUCUUUCCCGAGGGCUGUCCUCCCGACCAGAUAGAGGACAAAUUUGCCAUCAACUCCUUCCUGGACAAGGUGGACGACAUCAAGGUCCUGCUCCACCUGCACUCCUUCACGUAUGACUUCCACCUGCGCGCUCUCUGUGCCUACGUUGCCGACCGCCAGCUGCUCUUCGCUCCGGGCUACCACCUCUCCUCCUGCCUCUCGGACUUCAUCAAGUAUUACAACAAAGGUCCAAACUUUGCCAGGAACCUCAUCCACUCAGGUGCUCUUACUAUCGAGGAGACGGGCACGCCAGGGGAGCAGCUGUACAAUUACCUGCUGGCGCGGGAGAAGCAGUACAAGAUGAGGGUUCUCCGCAUGACCCCGGUGAUCCUCGACCCUGACGCUGUGAUGCACAACACAGAGUUCAUCCUCGUGCACACCAAGACUUGCCGCGUCCACUACCGAGAUGGGAAUGACCAGCGUGUCUCCGAUGACUACGACGUGACGCUGCUGGUCUCCCACAACACCUCCGCUAACACCCUCCUCCACCACCUGCACCUCAAUUUCUAUGUCAUCCUCACUAGCACACGUGAGGUGUAUCCGAACCGCAUCCUGGAGAAGAAGAUGGGCCAUUUCCGCACCGUGUCCAUCGCCCCCUCCCUUGGCCGCCGCUACACCCCCUCCUCCACACAGACAGACAGUUGUGACCACAGUGGGUCAGACACGCCGCCUGUCACCGGCUCCACCACAACCACCACUGCCGAGGAGGCUUCCGACAACAGCCCAGCCGCUCAGGAAAACCUGCCAUCCUCCGUCAAGUCCUUCGCUGGUAUAAGGUCUGAGAGUGUGAACUACCUCGGCUACUACACCCAGUACGAGGAGACCAUGCAGCGUACACUGGAGAGUCAGGCAGAGGAGGCACGGGCACGCAUCCAGCACAUCUUCAACCAGGCCAAGAUUCACUGCAGACGAGACUCCCUGUGGCAGCGUCUUACCGCCAGCCUGAGGGAGGAGGAGAGAAAGAAUCUGCCGAGGGAACAGGUCCUCGGUGGUCUAAGUUUCACCGAGCUGAGUGAACUGUUGGACCUUGUCAGGGUAGAGCAUCUGGGAUCAGUGGACUCCCAGCUGCUGCCUUUGCUCUCUAAGCCUCUGCACUGGUACCAGGGACUGAUCCGAGUGCUGCAGUCUAAGUACCAAGAGCGACACAGAGGUGUUGUGUGCCGCAGGAGCCUCAUCUCGAGUGACGGCAACGUGCAGCAUGUGGUGGUCCUGAGCUCCAGCUGCCCCGAUGCCUUCAUGAUGCUCUCUAUCAACCUCCACCUCCAGAAGGCGGAGUUGUGCUGCGUCAACAAGCAGCUGAAGGGGGAAGGUACCAGCCCAGGCUCUGACCACCGGGUCCAGACGCUCAUCCAAGACUUUGUCAACGCCUGCUGUUUUCACUUGUGGAGUGGCCUGCUCUAGCACAAGUCUGGGUUUGGUGGUGUCCUGUGUUCAUAUCUUACCAUGUUCCAUACCUAAAUAAUGUUACAUUUCAGAGGUAUUAUCUUAACAUAGUGAAGUUCAUCAAAAUGAGAUGAACCCUUACAGCCUUACCUUGUGAUGUGGUAUGCUAACUUUUUAUGAUUCCGUAUACACAACCUUUCAGGCAUUGGGUCUCGGGUCCUAAAUAAUGCUGCUAAGAGUAUUAGUAUGUGAUUCAGAAGCUACUUAAUUCUGUUGAGAAUUUAUUCAGUAUCUUACAAAUUCCCUAAUUCAGAAUUGAACUUGUACAUUAACUAGUCAUUGAAGGAAAGUGAUCACAUAGCACACAGCAAUAGGAACGUAUUCUUGUGACUGCUCAGUACACAACUGUGUGCAUAGUCAGGACAGCUGUUGUAUUCUCAGUGUAGCCAGUGAUGGCAGGGGGUGCACCAGGACCUCAACCCAGCCCCAGCAUCUGGGGCCCUGAUGGGGACAACCUUAGGGGGCAGCCAGGAAGGGGGAGGGGGAGGUUCCUCUGUGCCUGAGGGAUGCUCUUAACACUACACAAGAAACUGUUGACUCAGGCUGUUGGAACCUUCUCCUUUGCCCAGUUUUCUUGGCUCAGACUUUCACCUGUGAUACAUAAUAUUUGUUCAUGUCAGUUUUGUAGAGAAAAUAUUUAGGAUUUUUUUUUUUUUUUUUUUUUUUUUUUCCCAAGGCAAACUUGAUCAGGAACUAAUUGAGAUUCUGUGUAUUAGAUUCUCAGUCAGUGCUGUUAGCUUUAUUUUCAAGUCAUAUUUUUUUCUGUUUGGAGAAUUCAACUAGAUAGUCAUAAUUCUAUAUUAUCAAGAAUAUAUUUGUUCAUUUGAGGGUUCUGUGGGAAGUUUGCAAGACCAAUGUGUUCGUGUUUGCAAAUGUUGGGUUAAAAUCACCACUUUGUGAUGUUCUGGGUUGGGAUUUCAUUGACAAAGAUUAAACUUAACCCAGGCAUAAAACAAGUGGUGUUAGGGUAUGUUCACCAGCUUAUAUAAACCGUAACAAUUACUAUUAUACCAAGAAAAGAAUGGGAAAUUGAGCCAAAUCAUAAAAAGAAAUAUUGUCCAAGUAAAAUAUGGUUGUAAACCUCUUUAUUGGCAAUAUUUAAUUAUUGAGUCUUAGGUUAUUUCUAUGUAGUGCUCUUUUUUCUGUUGUAAGUACUAAUUGGAGUAGUACAUUCAUAUUGGCAAACAUAACUUAUUUCUAUUGAAGUGCAGGGAAGCUAGUGUGCAAGUUUGGCUUCACAUGGUUAGUAGUAGAAGAGACUAAAUAGAUGCCAGUUUGUCAGUCUUGGAAAGUCUUGCUGGAUCUGCUUCUGAGAGGGACACAGGCAGCAGGUCAGCACAGAAAAGUUGUUGUUCAUGUACAAUACUCUGUUCCAGUAUUCAUUCAGCCAGUCACACUUUCUCACUCAGCUGACAGGAACCAGUUUGCUCAUACAGUAGUUCAUAAGCUUGCUUCUUCAACUGUAUAUUUCCCUUCCCAUAGACAAGACAUGCUGGUGCUAAUCUCUAGGUAAAAACUAAGUUAUGUCACUAUUGUAAAAAUGUUUCCACUGCUCUAGAAUUACAGGAUAUGAAAUUAUAUAGAUGAGUGGGUCUUGGUUAAUAUUUGCAUCAUUCUAGGGGUUAUAUAUGCAUUAGAAUAAUUAAUAAGAUAGUUUUCUGUAUAUAUUUUUGCUUAUCAAAAGGAGAUCGUAGCAGUAAGGAGAGGCAGAGAUGACUGGAAAUGAAUCUCUCUCCAUAAGUUUGCUUGGUGAUUACAAGUUGACAUAGAUCUAGCCUACGUGGAAGAAGUGUCAAGGGCUGAAAAACAAAAUGCAAUGGAGAGAAAUAACUACAAUGUGCCAAAAAGCUAUUAAGUCAACCUCUGAGAUCAACCUGGAUGUCAAGAGUGUGAGGAGUGAAGGAGAGAGAGUGAAGGAAGAAGAAUGAAGGUGAGACAGUGAGGGAAGAAGACUAAAGGAAGGAGACAGCAAAGGAAGACUAGAGGAAGAGGACUGAAGGAGAGACAAUGAAGGAAUAAAACUGAGGGAAGAAGAAUGAAUGAGAGACAAAAGGAAGAAAACUGAAGGAGAGACAAUGAGGGAAGAAAACUCAAGGAAGAAGACUGAAGGAAGGAGACUGAAGGAGAGACAGUGAGGGAAGAAAACUCAAGGAAGAAGACUGAAGGAGAGACAGUCAGGGAAGAAAACUCAAGGAAGAAGACUGAAGGAGAGACAGUCAGGGAAGAAAACUCAAGGAAGAAGACUGAAGGAGAGACAAUGAGGGAAGAAAACUCAAGGAAGAAGACUGAAGGAAGGAGACUGAAGGAGAGACAGUCAGGGAAGAAAACUCAAGGAAGAAGACUGAAGGAGAGACAGUAAGGGAAGAAAACUCAAGGAAGAAGACUGAAGGAGAGACAAUGAGGGAAGAAGACUGAAGGAAGGAGACAGUGAAGGAAGACUAGAGGAAGAGAGCGAACAAGACCAAACCAACCCCUCAGCCAUGCCUCACCACACCACGCCACAGUGCAGGAGGGCAUAGAAAAUGUCAGGUGUGGCAUCGUAUUUACUUUCAAACCCCUUAUACUUACAGGAGACUCACUUAAACCCCUUUCUUAUAUAUUAUGAUUGUAAGAUAUGCAUUAUGACAACUAUAUAGGGCCGCAUGGGGCUCAUUAGUUCCCAUUACACAGAUUUAUUCAUUAUUGUGCCAUUUUUCCAGUGACACGGAUGCAGUUCAUAUGAUGCAGAAGUCUAACUGAUGCCUAAGUAACUAUUUCUCCUAUGCCGAGCUGCAAAAAUUGUGAUGUUACAUUUAUACCUACACUUAAGUUUGUUUUUACUAUUAUAUAAUAUUCCCAAUUAUUAUUCUCUAUUAUUCAAGUUUCUAUAUAUCUCUUAGCCCACAAUCACUGUAUAAACCUAAAGAAAAAGAAAGGUUUGGUCGGCAUAUAAGGAUGUUUACUAUAUUUUUGACAAUAAAGUCGCCUAUAAAAUUGUGUAAGAGUAAUGACCUUAAUGUGUGUGUGUGUGUGUCUCUCUCUUUUUUUCAUCCCUGUGCUGUCCAAAUCCCUUUCCUUUCCCUUCCCUUCCCAUCCCUUUCUAUCACUCCCCUUCCCUUCCCAUCUCUUCCCUUCCCUUUCCUUCUCUUCCCUUCCCAUCCCUUCCUUUUCCUUCCCUUCCCUUCCCUUCCCUUCUCCUUCCCUUGGUCAUGUCUUUCACCUGCCACCAAGCCUCAACAGGUCAGCUCAUCUUGGGGGUCAGAGGUCAAGCUGUACCUAGCCAGCUUGACCCUACAUGAAAACUACACACAUCAACUUUGACCUCUAAUACAUUAUAAGCUUGAGGUCAAUACGUGGAUAUGUAGAGGUCAUAAUAAAUUACUUUUUGAACAUAA